AUGCGCCUCUUACGUGUUGAAAACCUCGAAUGCAGGGACUUUGGCAUCAAUGAAGCACCGAAAUAUGUCGUUGCGUCGCAUCGGUGGGUGAAAGGAUGCGAAGUUUCACUACAAGAUAUCCAGGAUGGGCGGAAUAAAGAGAAGAGCGGAUACAGGAAAGUUGAGGAGUUUGCAGAAUUUGUCAGAAAACACAUUCCUUCGGUGGAGUGGCUAUGGGUUGAUACUUGCUGUAUCAAUAAAGAGAGUGCUGCAGAGCUUUCUGAAGCGGUCAAUCUGAUGUUCGAUUGGUAUCGAGAGGCCGAACUGUGCAUCGCGCUCCUCGCAGAUGUCAAUGGGCAAGAAAAAACGGAGAUCUUCGGGCAGAGCGAGUGGUUCAAAAGAGGCUGGACUCUGCAGGAGCUGCUGGCUCCACGUCUGGUCAUUUUCGUGACAAGCUCAUGGCAAGUGAUCGGGCAUAAGGGAACAUCCUCACUCAGUGGCGACGAGACUCUCGCUGGACCGAGCCUCGAACGUGAUAUUUCUAAGACCACUGGAAUCCCGGAAGCCGCGCUGCACGACUUCCGAAUAGAUGUUGAGUACAGUGCAGAACAGAAGUUGACAUGGAUGAAAGGCAGGAGUACUACUCGUGAGGAAGACAUGUCGUAUGCCCUGUACGGGAUAUGUGGGGUCAGGCCCGGUGCGAAUUAUGGUGAAAGGGCUGAAGGAGCGAGACGGCGUCUACUAGCGGCAAUCAACGAAGACCAGCAUCAAGCCACACAGAAGCGAGCGCGAUUGCGAAAGAUCGAAUCUUGGCUCUCGCCGCCGAACCCAUGGACAAGUCACCAGUCAGCGCGCCGGCUGCAUGAGCCCCAAACCGGGACCUGGCUCACUCGUUCUGCUCAGUUCCAAAACUGGAAGGCUGCUUCGAUCCGUCAUUUAUGGUUGCACGGGAGAGCAGGGUGUGGCAAGACCAUCCUUUGCUCUACCGCUAUCGAGGCCGUCAAAGCGCACUGCAAAGGUCAGCCCGAUGCUAUAUAUGCCGUCUUCUACUUUUCCUUCGCGGAGAAGCAAAAACAGCAGCCGGAGGACCUGUUUCGUUCAUUGAUCGUGCAGCUGGGUGAGAGUGAGCCAGCUUUGUCAAUGCUGCAACAAGCAUACGACAAGCACGGACAGAGCACACUUGGGCUUGAACAAUUGGAAGACAUGUUGCUCUCGUCCUUCCAAUCCUACAGUACGGUAUUCCUGCUAAUCGACGCGCUCGAUGAAUGUCCCCAAGAUAAUGACGUCCGGCUUAUUAUGUUAGAAUGCCUGACAAGACUGUCGCAGAAAGCACCCCAUGUGAAGAUCUUUAUAACGAGCCGCGACUCGCCGAACAUACGCCAAUCUAUGGCAGCACUGGGGAUCGAGUCGAUGGCUGUCGGAACACAUCCUGUGAACGAGGACAUUCGACGACAUGUGGCAACGCAGAUGACACGCGAUCAUCGUCUAUCGAACCUUGAUCAAAAGACCAAGGCUCUGAUCGAAGAGACUAUCGCUAUGAAGGCGGACGGGAUAUUUAGGUGGGCGUCCUGCCAGCUGCAGGAACUCAAGAGACUCAAAUCUACAAAGCCGCGAUAUAUUAAGGCGACACUGCAGUCUCUACCAGCCACCCUAGACGACACCUACGAACGGAUGCUGGUCGAGAUUGGCAGUUUGUACGCAGAGGAGGCACUCACAUUGCUCCAGUGGCUGGCCUUCUCAGAGAGACCGUUGACACUUCGCGAAUUAGCAGCGGCGACAUUGAUUCGGGCAUCUGAUUAUUCUAUGGAUACUGCGGAGAGUAGUCCACCUGAAGAGAUAUUGGACGUUCUCUGUGGUCUAGUGCACGUCGACAGGUGUCCCAAGCAUGACGCUGAGACUACGUUUGAUCUUGGAGCAAUGGAUUGCACGGACUGCAACAGGAUGUCAGCAAUCCCGUCGUCGACCUCGACUAUGGAGAGGCUAUACCUGAGGUCAUUCCAUGUCGCCAGAAAAGGUUGCAAGAUUAGGCUCGCACAUGCCUCCGUCCGGGAGUAUCUGGUAUCCGAUCGUAUCGGCAAAGGUAAAGCCAAAGCAUAUGCUGUAGCUGAAGGCACAGCACAAGCCUUCCUUGCUCAAUCCUGCUUUGGAUACCUUCUGUUUUACUUCGAUCAGGCAAAGUGUCAGUCUGCGCUUCGCGAUGAUGACUACCCGCUAUGUGCAUACGCUAUGCGAUUUGGGGUAUAUCACCAGCGAGCCGCAGAGAAUCAAGUUGGAUAUGAAGGUACCAUCAGCAGACUCCAGGUUCGCGUUCUACAGGAGAACAGAGCAAUUGCUAAGCACCUCUCAUCCUUGAAGGCCUUCAGAGGUCUUGAUCACUCGCCCGAUAGUCUGCUUCACUCAAUAUUAUGGAAUCAGACUGUUCCUACUUUACAUCUGGCGUGUCUUCUUGGACUUCCACAAACUGCGGUGCUCCUCCUGAGCGGAGAAGUCGAUUGUCGAAAGACCGCUGAGGUUCGGCUCCUCUUCAUGCCUGGACGAUCGCAUUCGGCGCUACACUGCGCGGUAUGGAGUGGCUCGUUGCAGAUUGUGAAGCUGCUGUUGAGUAGAGGCGCAGAUGUAGAUAUUGGCUCGGGCCUCGGUGAGAGCACACCGCUGUGCGUGGCGUGUCAACUGGGCCAUCUGCAUAUCGUCAAUGUGCUGCUCAAUCAGGGCGCCACUGUGAACGUGAAUCAAGGAGUGGUUCAGCAACCGCUUCAGGCUGCGUGCGUAUGGAACCACGAUGCAAUUGCCCGCAGACUUCUUGAAGCAGGAGCAGACGCAGACGUUUCAGUGGGGUAUGAUGAUAGUCCACUGAGCGCCGCUUGCAAACAUGGGAACGAGAACCUUGUCAAUCUUUUGCUCGACCGGGGUGCUGACAUUAAUUAUCGAGCUGGCUCUGAUUGGACUGCCUUACAUACAGCAUCGGAAGGUGGGUGUGAGAACGCAGUGAAGCUACUCCUGCAGCGCAACGCAGACACUACUGCCAUGACUGGGGACGGAAUGACUGCACUGCAGCUUGGGUGUAUGCGACGCCACGAUGGCAUCGUUAGGCUGCUCCUACAGGACAAAGACACAAUACGUCCUGGCCGUGGUGACGUCUCAAGGUCGCUGACUGUCCUUCAGGGAUCUUGGGAUGAUUAUGAAUACUACGCAGAACCCGUUGACAGUGAAGACGUGGCAGCACUUGCACGAGCAGAGGAGCAAGCAAAUGCGAUCAGAGAUCUACUUCUGGAAGCUCAAGUAGAACUGGGACUACCGUGA